AUUGUUUACUUGGUAAUAAAUAAAUAUCUCGGUUAAUUUUUUGGUAUAAAUACCCACCGAUUUGGAAGACAAUUACACAGAUAUUCAGAAGUAUCUUAAGAAACAACACUGUUCAUCAAAAUGAAAGUAGCUAUUGCUUUGGCAAUCUUUGUCGUUGUUACAGCUGUGGCUGCACUCGACAAAGAGCAAGUACAACAAAAAAUGAAAGCUGCCAGUGAAAAAUGCUUAAACGAUCCCGCAAUAGGCGUAACCAAGGAGGAAUUGAACACUUACAGAGAAUCCAAAGGAACUGGACCCAAACCUGCCAACUUAGGAAAAUUGUCCAUAUGUGUCCUGAAAGAAAACGGCUGGAUGAAUAACGAUAAUAGCUUGAACACCGCCGAAAUUAAGCAAAUCCUUGAGCUAGGAACACACGAUCACCCUGAAAAACUGGAUGAAAUUAUGGCCAAAUGUACCGCUGACAAGGGCAGCUCAGAGGAAACCGCCAAUAAUUUGCUCGAAUGCCUUGUCCGUCUUCGAGGUCAUCAAUAAUUCAUGCAUAAUUCAAUUAUAUUUUGAUGUAAGUCAAUAAAGUUUUACUAAAACUAUCAAGAAAAA